AUGACAGAACCUGUGGCCCUUGCAACUCCUCGGAGAAAAGCGACAACUUGGAUUGGGUUAGUGACUCUCAUGAUCAUGGUACAAAUAACAUUCACGAGAAAUCAGUGCCAAACCACUGAUUUUGUGGUGGAUGACAAGAGGCCUCAAAUCAAUAAUGCCUCAACCAACUCGACAAUACAUAACAACACGACAACCCUGACAACACUGACAACUGACAGGACACCACCAGAACCAACGGCGUCUUCCCAAAAGCCACAACAGCCAUUCACUGGCUCCAAAAUUACGCCACUAUCACUGGGUGUGGAUUUGUUUGAGCAUGUGUGUCUGACAAAGGCAGAUAGUAAGGACAUGGUGUUGCUGUCUUACACAGAGGAGGCAGUCGAUUUGCAUUCCACACUCAAUUAUCACAAAAAACAAGUCGAUGCGCUCCAUGGCACGCAAGGGCGACCCUUGAAACAGUGGUAUACCGACACUCAAAAAUGGCCUCUCAUUCAAGGCGAUACGCUAUUGGCACAACCGCUCUUUUCCAAUCCGGGUCAUUGCAUCAGUGACUACAUGAUGCCCUUGAUUCGAGACCGAUACGAACGACACACUCUACCAAAGACAUCUUCGCCCGAGUAUCCCCACUGGCUGCAAGUCCAUUGGAGACACAUAAAGCCGUACGAACCACAUCAUUACUGCAAUCAACUAUUGCAGGCGGCCGACUUUGUACAAGAACAAGGAUAUCUGCCAAGCAGCGAACCGGCGUGCUUUGAACGAUUGUUUAUACCUGCCACGGAACAAUUGCGGUAUCCAUUCAAUCAAGAAAUGAUACCCAUUGCCAAAGAAGAGAUGGAACUGGGAGGUCACAAGCUAUUGAUUAUCGGUGGGGCCAACCUCACCGUGACUCCCUAUCCCAGUGAGGCGCUUUACGAGUUUCGACAAACACUCUGGCACAAUUUGGGAUUGAAGAGUGAGCCAUGGACGGAACAAGAAAUCCAAAAAGGAGGGGGACCACACAUUUUCUUUUACAAUCGAUUUGGCUCCAAACAUCGACAUUGGAAUUCGUCGUUUGAAGUGGCAGAAAUACUGGAACACGGAUAUCAUGUCAAAGUGGACAUUGUGGGGGCGGAAUGGAAUGAUUUCAAUUUUACCCAACAAGCCGCCCAGUACAAUGCGUAUUCGCAUAUUGUCACGGUGCAUGGAGCCCACUUGGCCAAUCUCAUUUUUUCCAGACCGCGCACACAAGUGGUGGAAAUUGUCCCCAUUGUCAAAACACGGUUGCGUGCCAACGAGUCGUUGACACGGCGACAAGAUGCCAGCAAUCCACGGGAUUGGUAUGGGCCGCUGGGGUGGUUCUCGGCAUUUUCCCGGCAGGUGGGGAUUGAACACUUUUCCUUGCAUGCCGAAGAUCAUAUACACAAUAUUGCGCGGUCGAACAAAGGCAUGGACAUUAAUGCCACACGGGCGGCCGCCUUUAUUGCGUCGCGGUUUGGGUUGCAACUACGACGAGAGACUGUUGCAAAUGUAUAAAUCAAUCAUCCGGAAGUGACUAUACUUUGGCAUUUAAAAAAAGUCACAUGUGUCUUUCACGGGGAAAUCAUCAUCUACCACACCUCGUUAUUGUUGGGCGACAGAUCCUAUUGUUCAAACCGAAGCUGUAGGUCAA